AUGGCUGCCACGGAAAGAAACCAAGCCGCCCUUGAGCUGGCCAAGACGCUCGAGCACAUUCCCUGGUGCGACGACUAUGAAAAGAUGAUUUCUGGUGUCCUUUAUGAUGCCCAAGCUCCUGAGCUGGUCCAAGGUCGCUUCCGUGCGAGGCGUCUAAUGCACAAAUACAAUACUACCUUUCCCGACGACGCCACUGUAGAGUCGCUUGAAAAGGAUCGCACAAAGGCGCUCGGCGACAUCUUUGGCAAGAUUGGUAAAGGCGCUUAUAUUGAGCCUCCUCUCAACGUCGACUACGGCUGCAAUAUUGUCAUUGGCGACAAUUUCUACUCCAACUUCAAUCUCGUCAUCUUGGACUGUGCCAUUGUACAAAUUGGCAAUCGUGUUCAGUUUGGACCUUUUGUGUCCAUUUUCGCCGCCACCCACGAGACUGGUGUGCAGUCCCGUCGCGACGGCGUCGAGUAUGCCACACCCGUUGUCAUCGGUGAUGAUUGCUGGAUCGGUGGCAACACGACAAUCAUGCCCGGUGUCACCAUAGGAAAGGGUUGCACGGUUGGUGCGGGCAGCAUCGUGACAAAGUCGAUUCCCGACUUUUCCGUCGCCCUUGGAACACCCGCUCGUGUCAUCAAAAAGGUCGACCCCGUGCCGGACAUGUAG